CCUAAGGGCUGUUAAAUUGAACCCUCAGUCCGCGUCGUCCUGCACUGCAGCAAUUGGUCGCAUUUUUUUCAAUUCUACCCGUCCCCGGGAUGAAAUGAGGUGAAGUAGAGGUUUGGAAUAGCUGGAGGGAUGGGUGAAUAACGACGAAAGAAACACCCACCACAAGGUCUAUUCUAGACUGACGGAAUUCGAACCGGAGAGGGACAGUCGGAGAGCCCGUAGAAGCAGUCACACUCUGGGGUAGUGAGAGACAGCUAUACGCCGCGGGUAAAAAGCACGAACAUUGGAUUGAUGACUUGUGAGGUAUAAAAGGAUCAGUACAGUAUCAGUGUGACGAGGGUGCUGGCUCUCGGACAAUUGAAGAUGUGGGCUCCACUGCUUCUCCUGGCUCUCUCUUCUCACCUCCCUGCCCCUGCCCUGGGUCAAGUUCCAAGUCCACGAAGAAUACGGUUUAAAGAACUGGGAACAAACAAAUUGCAUGUCUCAUGGAAAGAACCGAAGGGAGAUUUUGACAGCUAUAUAUUUAUAUACGUCACCAAACCAGGUGGGAAACAGAACGAGCUGCGCAUUCCAAAAAGGGAGACUAAAGUGGUGAUAACAGAUUUCGAUCCCACAAAGGAAUACACGGUCAGUGUCAUCGCCUUGAGUGGGAACCAGCAGAGCAAAGCUCUCCAGGGAGACUAUACAGCCCAGGAUGAAGACCCAGAGGGAGAGGAUGUCCAGCCCCCAAAGAUGAGUGAACCACCUGGACUUGAACAUGUCAAUGAGAUCUCUGGAGAGCCAUUUGUGUGCAAGACAGCGGCCAUUGCUGACAUUGUCAUCUUGGUGGACGGCUCAUGGAGUAUUGGCAGGAUCAACUUCAGAUUGGUCCGCAUGUUUCUGGAGAACCUUGUCAAAGCUUUCAGUGUGGGCAUCGACCAGACCAGGAUAGGUCUGGCCCAGUAUAGUGGGGACCCAAGGAUUGAGUGGAACCUGAAUGCCUUCACUACCAAGGACGCUGUGAUUGAUGCUGUCAAGAACCUGCCAUAUAAGGGUGGAAACACUCUCACAGGCCUGGCGCUGACCUAUAUCUUGGAGAACAGCUUCAAGCCAGAGCAUGGCUCCCGGCCCGGAGUUCCCAAAGUUGGGAUCCUGAUCACGGACGGGAAGUCCCAGGAUGACGUCAUCCCCCCCGCGGAGAGCCUGAAGGAGGCUGGCAUCGAGCUCUUCGCCAUUGGCGUGAAGAACGCCGACGAGAACGAGCUGAGGUCCAUCGCCACGGAGCCGGACGACACUCACGUCUACAACGUGGCUGACUUCAGCAUCAUGAGCUCCAUCGUAGAAGGCCUCACCAUGACAGUGUGCGACGGCGUGGAACAGCAGGACAAGGAGAUCAAAAAUGUCGUGCCCUCUGAGGAGCCGUCAGGCGCCCCUAGUAACCUGGUGAGCUCGGAGGUCAUGGCCCGGAGUUUUCGAGUCUCCUGGAGCCACGCCCCCGGCCGCGUGGAGAAGUAUCGCGUCGUCUACUACACCGAGAAGACGGGUAGACCAGAGGAGGCGGUGGUGGAAGGCAGCGAGAGCUCGGUGGUCUUGCAUCACCUCAGCGCUCUGACAGAGUACCAGGUGGCUGUGUUCGCCGUGUAUGCUAGUUCCGCCAGUGAGCCGCUCAGAGGCUCAGCAACUACAUUGGCCCUUACCAAGGCCAAUGGACUGGAGCUGUAUGAUGUUACCCACAAUUCCAUGCGUGCACGCUGGAGCAAAGCGGAGGGCGUGUCCGGGUACAUGAUCCUCUAUGCGGCGCUGACCGACGACGGAGCCUCCGGCGAGAAAGAGGUGAGGGUGUCAGAGGCAGUGUCUGACCUGGAGUUGGAAGGGUUAACUCCAGACACAGAGUACACCGUGUCGGUUUACGCUAUGUACGGAGAGGAAGCCAGCGACCCCAUCAACAACCAGCAGACCACCUUGCCCCUGACUCCACCCAGGAACCUGCAGUUCUCUGACAUUAACCACAACUCAGCCAGGCUGACCUGGGAGGCGGCGGCGAGGGAGGUCAGAGGUUACCGCAUCAUGUGCGUCAAGACAGACGGACUGGUGACAGAAGAGGUGGAGGUUGAUCCAGUCACUUCCUGGUCCUUGAACGACCUGAACUCUUUGACAGAAUACUCGGUAGCCAUCUUUGCCAUUUACGAUGAGGGACAAUCAGAACCUCUGACAGACAGCUUCACAACCACACCUGUGCCUGGGCCUCUGAACCUGCGAGCCAGCGAGGUCACCACCAACAGCUUCCGGGUCACCUGGGGUCACGCUGCCACGGACAUUGCCCUCUACAAACUGUCCUGGGCCCCUCUAAACGGAGGAGACACCAAGGAGGUUGUGUUGAAUGGCAAUACAGCCUCCUACCGUCUGACUGGCCUGAGCCCCUUCACAGAAUAUGAAGCUAUGCUAACUGCCAUCUUCCAGGACGAGUCUGAGAGUGCCACUGCGUCCGUAUUAGAGACCACACUCGCCAGGACGACAACGGUUGCUACCACAACCCCAGUUGUGCGUCUGGGUGUGAGGAACCUGAAGAUCAGCGACGAAACCACCAACAGCCUAGAUGCAUCCUGGGAGCUGGAGGACCCAUUGGUGGACCAGUACAGGGUCACCUAUACCAGCCUCAGGGGCAACCGCGCUGAGGAGGCUAUUGUGGUUCCAGGCCAGCAGAGGAGAGCCCUGCUCCAACCCCUGCUGUCAGACACCAAGUACAUGGUGACAGUGACCCCCGUCUACCCAGGCGGAGAGUCGGGCGUCAGCGUGUCGUCCGUGGGAUCCACGUUGCCCCUCUCAGCUCCCAGCAACCUCAGGGUGUCCGACCAGUGGUACAAUCGCUUCCGUGUCACCUGGGAUGCUCCUCCCUCCCCCGCCAUGGGCUACAGGAUAGUCUACCAGCCCACCUCAGUUCCAGGGUCAGCUCUUGAGACUUUUGUGGGUGAAGAUGUGAACACAUUGCUGCUCCUGAACCUGCAGACGGAUACAGAGUACAGCAUCAAGGUCAUCGCUUCCUACACCACCGGCUCAAGUGAACCCCUCUCUGCCAUAGGCAAGACAUUGUCUUUGGGGGUGUCUGGUCUGAGUACCUACCAGGUGCGCUCCACCAGUCUGUGUGUCCAGUGGCAGCCCCAUCGCCAGGCGUCUCUCUACAGGGUGGUGAUUGAGUCCCCAAUCAAUGGACAGAAACAAGAAGUCAGUGUUGGGGGCGGAGCCUCCAGGCAGUGUUUCUAUGACCUGUCUCCCAACAGCCAAUACCAGAUCAGAAUUUACACCCAGCUCCAGGACAUGGAGGGACCUGCGAUCAUGACCAGCGACACCACACUCCCUGCUCCCACCCAGCCCCCCACGGAACCCCCCACCACGCCACCGCCUGCAACCAUCCCGGCAGCUAAAGAAGUUUGCAAGGAAGCCAAGGCUGACCUGGUUUUCCUGGUGGACGGGUCCUGGAGCAUCGGCGACGACAACUUCCAGAAGAUCAUUCGCUUCCUCUACAGCACCAUGGGAGCGCUCGAUCUGAUUGGUCCAGACGGCACUCAGGUGGCCAUUGCCCAGUUCAGUGACGACGCAAGAACGGAGUUCCAACUCAACUCUUACAACAACAAAGAGACUUUGCUGGAGGCCAUCCAGAGGAUAGCAUACAAGGGAGGAAACACAAAGACAGGCCGUGCCAUCAAGCACGUGAAGGAGGCCAUCUUCACUGAGGUGGGGGGGUCCAGGAGAGGAGUCCCCAAGGUGCUUGUGGUGCUGACGGACGGACGGUCCCAGGACGACGUCAACAAGGUCUCCAAGGAGAUGCAGACCGAGGGACACAUCAUCUUCGCCAUUGGCUUUGCGGACGCGGACUACGGAGAACUGGUGAACAUCGCCAGCAAGCCCAGCGAGAGGCACGUCUUCUUUGUCGACGAUCUGGACGCCGUCAAAAAGAUUGAGGAGCAGCUCAUCACCUUUGUCUGUGAGGCCGCCACCGCAACUUGUCCCUCUGUCCUGAUGAGUGGAAACACUGUGGCAGGCUUCAGGAUGAUGGAGAAGUUCAACCUGGUUGAGAAGGAGUACAGCAGUGUGGCAGGAGUGUCUCUGGAGCCUGGCUCCUUCAACAGCUUCCCCUGCUACAGGCUGCAUGGCGACGCCCUCGUAUCCCAGCCGACCAAGUACCUGCACCCUGAGGGUCUGCCAUCCGACUACACCAUCUCCAUGAUGCUCCGCCUCCUCCCUGAAACCCCACAGGAGCCCUUUGCAUUGUGGGAGAUCCUAAACAAAAACAACGAGCCGCUCGUGGGCCUCCUCCUGGACAAUGGAGGAAAGACUCUCACGUUCUUCAACUACGACUACAAGGGAGACUUCCAGACUGUGACAUUCGAGGGUCCUGAGAUCAAGAAGAUCUUCCACGGCAGUUUCCACAAGCUUCACGUGGCCAUCAGCAAGACGUCGGCCCGGGUGGUUCUGGACUGCAGGGUGGUGGGGGAGAAGGGCAUCAGCGCCGCUGGCAACAUCAGCACGGACGGCCGGGAGGUGUUGGGACGCAUGGUCCGCUCCAGAGGGGCCGGGGACAGCUCUGCUCCGUUCCAGCUCCAGAUGUUUGACAUCAUCUGCAGCACAUCGUGGGCUGGUCGGGACAAGUGCUGUGAACUGCCAGGCCUGCGUGUGGAGGAGGACUGCCCCGCCAUGCCCCAAGCAUGCACCUGCUCCCAGGACAGCAAAGGCCCUCCAGGACCCUCUGGACCCCCUGGAGGUCCCGGAAUCCGAGGAGCACGGGGAGAUCGCGGGGAGCAGGGCAACACGGGACCCGCUGGUCCUUCAGGAGAGAGGGGUCCCCCAGGCCCUCAGGGCCCCCCCGGUCCUCAGGGGCCCAGUGGACUCUCAAUACAAGGGCCUCCAGGUGGUCCGGGGGAGAAGGGAGAGCAGGGAGACAUCGGUGCUCCUGGACAUCAGGGUGUUCCGGGGUCUGCAGGCUCCCCUGGUCGAGACGGCCCAACAGGACAGAGGGGUCUGACAGGGAAGGAUGGGCCACAGGGACAGCAGGGCCCUCCUGGACCUUUAGGAACCCCAGGGGCCCCGGGAGUACCGGGGCCCAAUGGACCAGCAGGGUCAAUAGGAGACCAGGGGCCACCAGGCACUGCUGGUACCAAAGGAGAUAAGGGAGAACGAGGUGACAUGCAGUCACAAGCUGCUGUCCGCUCCAUCGCCCGCCAAGUGUGUGAGCAGCUGAUUCAGAGCCACCUGUCGCGGUACAACUCUGUCCUGAACCAGAUCCCCAGCCAGGCAGUGUCGGUGCGGACGGUGGUGGGUCCGCCAGGCGAGCCGGGCCGGAGAGGCUUACCAGGACCCCAGGGAGAGCAGGGCCCUGCAGGCAGACCGGGCUUCCCCGGAAGCAACGGACAGAACGGCCGGGCAGGGGAGCGAGGUCUUUCAGGAGAGAAGGGAGAGAAGGGGACCCCAGGAGUGGGAAUGCAAGGCCCCCGAGGACCCCCAGGACCCCCAGGGCUCCCUGGUGAGGGCAGGACAGGCAGCCAGGGCCCUCCUGGUCGGCCUGGUAACCAGGGAACCUCCGGGCGACCCGGCACCCCUGGCUCCACCGGUCCUGCGGGAGCUGCAGGGUACUGCGACCAGAACGCCUGUCUGGGUUACAACGUAGGAGUCCAACAAUUGCCUCACGGCUCCUACCAAGGCUAUAACCCUGCUGGUGCUUACAAUGAGGAAGAGGAGGAUGAGGAGGACGGGGAGGAAGAGGCGCAGGAUCCGUACAGAGGGUACAGAGGCUACCCCCCUCAGUACUAUCAGCCCAACUACCCCGGUCCCCGCCACCCUGGCCCCGCCCACUCAGGCCCCUUCAACCCAAACCCCUCCCACUCUGAGGACACAGAGCUGAGGUCGCCGGGGAUGAGACGGUUCUCCCGGGAUGUGAUUGGACGGAGCAGUGUUCCAGACGAGACCGAGGGGGAGGAGCCAGUAAACUGACAACCCUCUCACCCGCCUCAAUCUCACCUGUUAUAUCUGCAACAGGAUGAACCAAAACCCGCUUCCCACCCAGUCUGGAACGUAUGGUGUAGUCCAGUUGUCGAGAAACAUCCCUAUUUCGGUGUUCCAGUCCAACUGGUUAGAUGCUGUAUGCAGCCCAGUGUUUCUCUUGACCUCUGUAUGUUAGGACUGCUAAAGGGGGAAUCUGAAAGUGCCUGAUUUAUGCAAAUAGUGCUGGGUAAGUGUAUAAGGGAGGGGGGAUGUGUUCAUUAAAUGACUGAUCUUUUUGUGACGUUGCAUGCAUCCUUUGAGCCAGGUUUGACAGUGUAACUAGAUUGUGUACCAUUUGGUAGUUUAGUUAUUAGCUAGCAAAUAUAAUUUUUUAAUUUGGGGUCAUGAUUUGAUAUCACUUGUACAGGCUUUUUUUUUUUUUUUUUACAACAGUAGGUAUAAUUUCAGUCUCUAUGCUUGUUGACUGUCCUUGGUCCUUGUUAGUUGUCUUCUCUUGUCAAGGCAACUUACACUAUUUGUAAAGUAUCUUUCGAUUAAGUGAAAUGACUUUCAAUCGUGUCUUCUACCCAUGUAAUGUACAAUAUGUCAAAGCAGAUGUCUUUCAUCCAAGACAAAUGUAAUGUUAGGGUGUCAUAUUUAGCUAGGAGUCCAUUCAAGAAUACAGAAUCACAACAUCUAGUAAUAUCCUUUCUGUUGAUUCGAGGAGGUCAUGGAACGAACUGGACAAAUGUGUUUCGUCUUCCCAUAUGUUGUUGUUGAUUAUGCAACGUGUGGCCUGGUCACUGUGGAGUUGUCGUCAAAACGUUAGGCCUGUGGUCUAACACCUGCUGAGACUAACUCGCAGCAUGGGGUACAGGUGACUGUGGAAUGUCUCACCGCCAAUCCUGGGAAACCAGGAACUUAUUUAUUUCAACUUUUAUGAUCUGUUUUUAUAUCCAAUAAAACUGUAAUACAACAGU